AUGGGAGUGUUCAACGGAGAGACGGCGGCGGGGAGAGGGCUGAGGCAGUACUUCAGCAGGCAGUGUGAAGAGUUGAGUACCUUAUUGGAUCAGGAGGUCGACGACGGGCAGUUGGUGUUCUACAGGAAGUUUGUAUUCAACUACACAGCACUGCUGAGGGCAAGCACGGAUGCGGGGGAAGGGGUCCCAAAGGUGGAACUGCUGGAAGAGUACGGACUCAAGUAUGUACUAAGCACGCUCUCGAAGAUGAUAUCGAUACUGAAGUUUAAGUCCGGCGGGAACCUGGAAAACAUGUUCCAGAACAUGCUUACGUCCCUAAUGAUGUCCACAAUGACAAUGGAGCAUGGAUUGGGGUUCAAGGGCACUGACUACACGCCGUUACUCGAGUUGAUAAGUAUGGAAAGAAACUGCCGAGGUUACUCAAGAGGGUUGGCAUCAGUGACUGUGUUGUACCUGUUCAUAGUCGGAUUUGAAACUGGCGGAGGGGGAGCUGUUGUGUUUAAACAUGGAGUUGAGUUGCCUAUGCUGAGUAAGAUGCACGAGGAGGUGAACAGAAUGUACUUCUCAAAGGAAUUUAAGGCGGCAGAAAUAGCUUUAAAGCUGGACGAUGUACAGCCCGUGGAUAGCCUAGGGCUAGGAUUUGAGGAAUCACUGAGGCGUUUUAGAGCAAGCGUAGCGAACACGACCAAAAGUGACUUGAUAGAGCUGUACUACUGGAACCAAAACAACUUCUACAACUUCACACUGCCGCCGAGCGUAUUUAAGAAGCUGAUCGCAUUUAAGCAUUAUUUACAUCCGCAUCUCUUUGGAACCAUAUCAAGAUGUCUAAAUAAAUUUCCUGAACCAAUUCUAAGUAUUGGUAGAACGAAGGAUAAAACAAGGCACGCCAGUACAAUGGACAGUGAGGAAAAGGGACCUGAUGAGGCAUGUACCAGUGGUUAUGAUGAAUCUACUAGUAAAGUGAAAGAUAAACAGGUUGACUUUACAAGGUACGAUAAGUCGUCACAGGUAUCAGUUCAUGAAGUGAGGAGACCUGAGGAGCGUGAAAGUAGAAUUCAUGCUGAGUCACCUAGAGACCCUGUGUUGGAUGAGCCCAUGAAAAUAAUUAAGAACUUGUACGAGGGACAGCUGGAGUUUGCAAAGGUUAAGCUGCAGAAGAUGGAGUCGCAGCUGCAUAUUCUGGCAAACUCACUGCAGUUGUCACAGAUGACCAACGAGAACAUGAGAAAUCGCAUAAAGCUUCUGGAGAAACAGGUGGAGCCGAGUAGCGAAAAUAACCUUGACGUGGAGCUGGAAAGGGAAAGACAGAAGUACGGUCACCUGGAACAGAUGUAUAACGUAAGCACUUGA